AUGUCAACGAGGUAUCAACGAGGCACUGUUGACAUGCUCAUUGAACUUCGCCGCCGCCUCACAGUGAACUUGGUCCGAGCGUCCAAAACGCCAUCCCAUUCGCCAAUGACCAUGCCCAGCAGGAACGCGUCGGGGAGCAGCUUCGACUUCAACACCUUCCUGGCGCCCCUCGCAGACCAGGACCAGGACCCGGAUCAGGAACAAGAUUGCGACCGAAGCUCCUACGUCCAGCAGCAGCUUCACCACUUCGGCCCUCGCCACAUCGCCGAGCCUGGCUUGUACGAUCAUCGAUUUCAAUAUCCGGAUCCCACUGAGCAGAGUUGCGUGGCUGAUUCUUUCGGCACCCCAAUCCCCGUUCGCGAUACACCCUCGCUUGUUGCGACAACACCUGCCGCUUCCUAUCCCGGCACUCCCUCGAACGAGAAGAAGCAGACGAAGAAGAGUCAGAGCAAGAAGGAGAGCAAGACAGCUCAGGGCCUCCACAAGGCACAAGACAAGCAGCGGCAGAAGCGCCAGGCGUCACAGCCCACCACCCCCGCUCCCAAGAAGCCGCCUUCCACCCCGGCGAAGAAGACCGUCACCAUGUCGGGUCAGACGGGCAAGUUCCGGGAUGACCAGAUCCUCGUCAUCUGCCCCGGAAGUCACACGACCAUGGCCCAGCUCGGCUGCGGCGAGCUCACACCUCCGGCGCAUCGCAUCCCCACGCGCAUGUUCAAGGACAGCGACAGCGACGAGUGGCGUCCUUACCACACCUACAAGCGCAAGAAGUCCCGUACCGACAACGCGCCUGCCUCUGGGGCCGAAGAUGAGUACGAGUGGGUCGAGGACACGGAUUCUGACGAGGGCGCAGUUUAUCCCAUUGUUGCUGGUCGCAUUGUUAACAUGAAUGCGUUCCUCGCCUUCCUCGACCAUGUUCACGGUCUGCUGACGACCACGUACCAUAACACCCCGAUUGUGCUCAUGGUGUCCCCUCAGUGGGCUCGCCCCCAUACCGAGAUGAUUGCCCGCUAUAUUUUCGAGAACACGCGCACGCCCGCUCUCUGCAUGAUCCACAGUGGCCUCGCAACAACCUAUGGUGUUAGAUGGACCAAUGCUACCGUUGUCGACAUUGGCUUCGAAAAGGUCGAUGUGUCCUGCAUCUACGAGGGUCGCGUAGUUGCUCACCGAAUGCUGGGCAACUUCAACCCCGAACGGAUCAUUGCUGGCGGCGAGGCCUUCACCCGCAAGCUUCAAAGUUUGCUCAAAGACAAGGGCUUCACGUAUGACAUGGCUGAGCAGCUGAAGAAGAGUCCCAUCGCCGAAGCUCUUCCCUACAACCCCGAGGCUGAAGCACGUAUGGAUCUUCCUACCGCCUCUACGGUUGGCGUCGCUGCAAAUGCUGUCGUUGGUGAUGCCGCUGCGGCAGCUAUACCCGACGCCCCCAAGAUUGAUCCCUCCAAGCCCGUCGUCGAGGGUGGCGUUGAUGAUGAUGCUGCUGCUGCCACUACGACCGGCGAUAAUGACGGCGUUCUCGAUAUUACUAGCAUCGUCACCAGCGGCCAGACUCGCGAGUUCCUCGCCAAGAAGGAAAAGGAAAAGACCACCACCGGACCCGGCAAAGGGCGGAAGGGAAAGGCUCAGGAGGCCGAAACUGCCCGGCUGACCCGGCUCCCAAACUCGAAGCGAACCCACAACAUCUUCCACUACGAGGAGGUCAUCCAGGAGGGGCCACAGCAGGAGCCAAAGCCCAACGGCGCAUCCCAAGAAACCAAUGCUCCCGUUGACGGCAACAGCAACGGCAAUGACAAAGAUGUCGACAUGACUGACGAGCCCAAGACCGGCAGCGCCGCCGCCCCGUUUCCGCCGACGAAGCCAAGCCCUCUGAUCCCACCUCUGAGCCCACCUCUGAGACGGCCGAGUCCAAGACGGACGCCAACGCGUUUGAGGUCGGCCUCGAGCGUUUCCUCUUUUGUUAACCGCGACGGGGUUGACCGCAUCGUCGGCCCGAUCUACCGCACCAUUCAGGAGAGUGUCUACGAAAUGUAUAUGCCCCCCGCCUGCUGGAACAACAUUUGGCAUUGUUGGAGGCGGCGCCCGUCUGCGCGGCCUCCGCGUGAAUAUUUACCAGACCCUGCGGGCGCGUCACCUCGUCUCGCCCAGCACUGCCACCAUGUUCACCUCGGAGCUUCCCUCCAACAUGGCCACGCCUACCGGUACCGGAUCGCAGAGGCCCACCGGGUCCUUCACAGUUGCUCCCCAUCAGCUCGGCUCUUCCGGCACCACGUCGUCCGGCGUCAACCCCCUGCUGCAGGCUGCAACCCACCGCCUCCUCGUUCCGGCCUCCCGCCUGGUGGACCCUCGACUCCGGGCGCCCCUGGCAGUGCCGCCGGCGAUCCCAACAGCACCUCGGGCGGCCACUCGUACCACUUCCACAGCCAGACGCCCACGAGCAUCAAGCUGGCACCCAUGCCCAGCUACCUGACGCAGUGGACCAAGCACGGCUUCGAGGAUGCCAUGUUCCUCGGCUGCCUGGUGGCCGGUCGGCUCGCCUUCACCGUCCACAACCUGGACAUGGCCAGCCUCGACGCCCAGCGCAUGAUGAGCCUGAAUCGUAUCGAGUACAACGAAAUGGGCCCCAAGGGCAUCCGCACCCACUCGAUGCUCCAGUAA